AAUCCAAGUCAAGAAAGGUUUGGCGAGGCGGCACGUCAUCUACCUCACGGUUAGUGAAUGCUUGUCUGCUUUACAGAUGAUCGGUGCUGAAUGUCCGUGCUGGCGUUUUCUUCAGUCAUUAAUACCAGCGUAGCGUAGCGUAGCGCGGCGCGGUAGGGGGGGUAUGGGUCUGCAGCUCUCCGCGAUCACUCAGCACCUUCCUUCACUGCACACACCGGCUCUCGCUGACGUCACAGAUGCAUCAGGCUGCGCCCGCAACUGCUGCCGCAGACUUGUUUCAUGGUGCAGUAGAGGUGCCUAUGCACUCUUGACGUACCAAUUUAAGAGGAAACGAGCGAACUGCAAACGACAGCGAACCCAAAAUCAUUUUCUACGUCUUAUUAUGUAGAUCUGGAUGUACUGACAUUUCCUUGGGGACAGUUUUAAGCUUCGGUAGGCGUUCCCUGUUCAGUGAACGUCUGCUUCGCUAUGGACUCAUCUUAAAAUUACAAAAUAAAAAAUUAAAAGAGUUGAAAUAAAAAGAAAAAAAAACUAAUUAACCCGGAGCACAGGAGACUUGUUAGUCUGUAAUUAACCCUUACGGUGCGCUUUGAGCAGUGCCGCUCCCGAGAGUGACAAGACAACAGAAGUGUUUUGCUACCGCUAAUGCAAACUCAUGGGAAUUUGGCCAUCCCUCCCAUUUUCCUUCUUGUUUGAUUCCUUCUUGUAAUUCCUCUUGAUGCGCCGAAAACGUCCUGCCUCGAUGGUAUAAAAGAGAGAGAGAGAGAAAAAGGAGGAUGUCCAGCCCCGAGAAAUUUGUCUCAUCACGCCCCCAAGCCCCCCUGGCUGCGGGAAAGCAACACAGAUGCAGGAACAGCAUCAACAUAUACAGCACUUUGUCAGUGGAAGGCGCCUGGGCAGGCAGCUCGCCUCUCCUAGCAGCAACACCCAGCGGCAACAGCCGCGGAAGAAGCUCCGUCAUCGCAAGAUCUAACGCUGCUUCUUGUUUCUCCCCGUCUCCCUCUCCCUUCAGCAACAAAGCCGGCGGAGUGCAAGUCGGGAGCGGCGAAACGGCAUUUGGCUCCAACCCCGCAAGUGCACGGCUCCUCUCGCCAGCACCGUCCCCCGCUCAUCCCAUUCAAGGAUUUGUGCUGCACGAGCCUUAUCGACUUUUCAACUCCUUUCAACCGUCGUCCUGGUCUAAUCAUUUCCUAAACAGUCGGAGUACCCUAAGCAGGAAUUCGCACAGGGGUUCCUUUUUUUCCCUGUAUUCUUCAACACCUUUCCAUUUCGAGUCAGACAUGGAAGAUGGACCCUCCACGAGCUGCUUCAGGAGGUUUACCGACUGCUUUCUGGGCACAAGUCUGACAGACGAAAAAGUAAAGGCCUACCUUUCCCUUCAUCCCCAGGUAUUAGAUGACUUUGUUUCUGAAAGUGUCAGUGCUGAAACAGUGGACAGAUGGCUUAAGAGAAAAAACAGCAUACAUGAAGAUGAUUCUGCCACUAAGGAAGUCAGCAGGCAGUACCAGGACCCAAACAUACAAGGUGUUGUUUAUGAAUUAAACAGCUACAUGGAGCAGAGGCUGGACACUGGAGGCGAUAACAAACUACUCCUCUAUGAGUUGUGUAACAUCAUUAAAACAGCUACUAAAGCUGAUAGUUUUGCACUUUACUCUCUGGGAGACUGCAACAACAGUUUAUGCUUGUUUACACCCACGGGGGCAAAAGAAGGGCUGCCUAAGCUUAUUCCUUCUGGUCCAAUAGCAUAUGGCACUACAAUUGCAGCAUAUGUAGCCAAGACCAGGAAAACACUGCUGGUGGAAGACAUACUGGGGGAUGAAAGGUUUCCCAAAGGCACUGGGCUGGACUCAGGGACUCGUAUCCAGUCAGUUCUUUGUUUACCGAUCCUCACUGCUAUUGGAGAUCUUAUUGGGAUUUUAGAGUUGCAUCGGAACUGGGGAAAAGAUCCCUUCAAUCUCAGUAAUCAGGAGGUUGCAACUGCAAAUAUAGCAUGGGCCUCUGUAGCAAUACACCAAGUCCAGGUCUGCCGGGGGCUUGCCAAGCAAACCGAACUGAAUGACUUCCUGCUUGACGUCUCUAAAACCUACUUUGAUAACAUAGUUGCAAUAGAUUCUCUACUUGAACAUAUUAUGAUAUAUGCAAAAAACCUUGUGAGUGCAGAUCGCUGUGCACUGUUCCAGGUUGAUCAAAGCAACAAUGAAUUGUAUUCUGACUUGUUUGAUAUUGGAGAGGAAAACGAAGGGAAACCAGUGUUUAGGAAGACCAAAGAAAUACGGUUUUCGAUAGAGAAAGGGAUUGCUGGACAAGUGGCGCGGACAGGUGAAGUUCUGAACAUUCCUGAUGCCUAUGCAGACCCACGCUUUAACAGAGAGGUGGACCUCUAUACAGGCUACACCACCCGGAAUAUUUUGUGUAUGCCUAUUGUCAGCCGAGGAACAGUAAUAGGAGUGGUGCAGAUGGUAAACAAAUUAAAUGGAAGUGCCUUCUCUAAAACAGAUGAAAACAACUUUAAAAUGUUUGCAGUCUUUUGUGCUUUGGCCUUACACUGUGCUAAUAUGUACCACAGAAUCCGUCACUCUGAAUGCAUUUAUCGGGUGACGAUGGAAAAGCUGUCCUAUCACAGCAUUUGUACGUCAGAGGAAUGGAAGAGUCUUACCAAAGUGACGCUUCCUACCCCGAUGUAUAAGGAAAUUGAACUGUUUCACUUUGAUUUAAGCCCGUUUGAGGACCUUUGGCCGGGUAUUUUUGUCUACAUGGUGCAUAAUUCCUGUGGUAAAAGCAGCUUUGAACUUGAGAAGCUCUGCCGAUUUACUAUGUCCGUGAGAAAAAAUUACCGGCGUGUUCCCUACCAUAAUUGGAAGCAUGCAGUUACGGUGGCACAUUGCAUGUAUGCAAUUCUGCAGAGACACCAGGAUCUUUUUACUGAGCUGGAGAAGAAAGGUCUUCUGGUAGCAUGUCUGUGUCAUGAUUUGGACCACCGGGGCUACAGUAACAGUUACCUGCAGAAGUUUGAUCACCCUCUGGCUGCUCUGUACUCCACAUCCACAAUGGAGCAGCACCAUUUUUCUCAGACUGUCUCAAUACUACAGCUGGAAGGGCACAAUAUUUUCUCCAACCUGACAUCCAGCGAGUAUGAACAGGUGCUCGAGAUCAUUCGAAAGGCCAUUAUUGCCACCGAUUUGGCACUGUACUUUGGUAACAGAAAGCAGUUGGUAGAGCUGUUGACAUCGGGAGUGUUGGAUCUGAACAACCACUCACACAGAGAUCGGGUGAUUGGCCUGAUGAUGACCGCCUGUGAUUUGUGUUCCGUCACAAAGUUGUGGCCUGUUACCAGACUGACGGCAAAUGACAUAUAUGCAGAAUUUUGGGCUGAGGGUGAUGAAAUGAAAAAGAUAGGCAUGCAGCCCAUCCCUAUGAUGGACCGGGACAAGAAGGAUGAAGUUCCCCAGGGACAGGUGGGAUUCUAUAAUGCAGUGGCCAUCCCCUGUUACACGACACUAUCAGAACUGUUUCCUGCAGCCAGCCCCCUAUUGCAAGCUUGCAGGGAUAACCUCAGUCAGUGGGAGAGAUUGGUUCGAGGGGAGGACACCUCUGUGUGGAUUCCAUCCCAGUCUGUCACUGCCGACUCUCCAGAGACCGUUCCUGUGAAAAUAGAUAAUUAAAACGGAAGAUGACAGCCAGAAUAUGACAGUUCCAAAAUGGGGACUCCCUCAGUUCCUGCUUUAGUUCCAAAUCGCGAACACAGCAGACAGAACACUGAUGAGCAAGGUGAAAUAACACACCAAGUUACCUCAUUGGGUGAUGGAAGCCUUUGGACUGAAGGCAUCACCAGGAAGAGCAACUGUAGGAACUGUGAAGAAGUAAAAUGGAACUCAUAAUCAGAUUCUGCCAUGGUCAGUUAUGGUAGUUUGAAGAGAGGUUUGGAUUUUGUUUUUGGUUUUUUUCCUUUUUUUCUCUGGUCUGCAUUUGCUGAGGCCUUAAUUUCAAACUCUGACCAAGACAGGUACUUUCAUGUCUUGCUUCUUACCCUCUAGGGGAUUUACUUAUGGUAUCUGGAGGAUACUUUUUUCUACACUGCUGUUGGCUGGACACUAGCAGUGCAAGCGAGGCAGACAAUGAAGCCAGAAAGAUGACAAGAUGACGCACUUAAAACAGUGCCAAGGUUACUGUGUAUCUGUAAUCUAUGAACGAGAGAUGGUAGAGGGAAAACUUUACUUGAAUAAAACACAGCCUAUUAUUGUUAGGGAGGUGAAUAAGUGUCCGGGAGUGAGGGAAUGAAAUCCGCACUGCAGAUGGACAGGACACAACUGCUAGGCUUGUUGCAUCCUUACUUGCUGGGAAGUGUAUACAAUGCUGAGGGCUGCUUUACAUCAUUAAGGUGUGCUUUUUAUGUUUAUCAGCCAAACAAGUAGACGGCAUACAUCAAUACGAAGUAGCCAUGUUCACAGGAGCCGAAGCGGGCAGCAUAGAAGUUCCCUAGUGUGAUCCAGCCAUUGUUUUUGGGUGCGGGAUUGCUGUCUCCCAGCCCGAUUAGCAUACCCUUAGGUCUAGUCCCGUACUUCUAAUGGCCGCUCCACAUAUUGUAUGGAGAGGCUUUGGAAAGAAGGCUCUGUGCUUACCACAUCUGGGAGUUUGACUGCAGACGGUGGGAAAAGUGGACAGGAGGGAGCAGGUGCUUCUGCAGUGCUAUGCGCAAUAUUAGUCUCGGAGGUAAUAAACUUUUUAAAUACCACUUGAGUUAAAUUUGAAAAGAAAAUUUUCCAAAACCGAGCAAUGGAACAAUGCCCCUCAUGUCAAGUGUCAAGUGUGCUAAUGGAGUAGGUUGGCUGAGAAAUUGAAGGGCUAUAUUUUUGGUAUCUUCUCAUGAGCUGAAUUAAAUUUUGAAUGGAUAUUUGUUACUAGGAUAUAUUUUACAUGGCAGGAAUUUCGUUUUUUGUUUUGUUUUUUUCGUUUGUUUUCGGUACGGAUGCCAAACUUGGUGAAGUGGGUGGGGGUGGUUUAGAAUGCACUAUUCUGACAUUGAUGAAACUAUGCAUAGGCAAUUUAUUAUAAAAUAUAUUGCUUUUUAUGGCAUCUACUGAGAUUUGUCAUUACCUACUUUUGCACAUACCAAAACGAAUCACGCUGGAGUACGGGCUGAACUCGGUCAGGUUUUGGUUGCCUUUUUUGAAUGAUCUUUGCAUGUAAGCAGUUGCUCAACAGUUUCACUCCAUUUGCAGAUCACAAAGCUCAAGGCAAUCUGGGAUUUUAAGCUACUGAUAGCCGUAGGGGGUAAAGAUUACACUUUGUUUACAACUGGUUUUAUUCACGCCCUGAAUUAUCUAAUGUAGUAUUUAGUUAAUUAGAUACCUGACCCAAUUCUAUUUUUGAUAAGUUAUUUAUGAAAUAUUCUGCUUUCAGAAGGCUAGUUUCAAACUCCCCGUAAUGAAUACAUUAUCACCCUACAGUUGUAUUAGAAAUAUUUCUAUUAGUCCUGUCAUAUCUAAAUACAUAUUUUUGCACCGGUAUUUUAAGAACUGUGUUGGAGUUUUAAUACUGUUAAGCCUCACUAGAAACUUGGUAGAGCUGCUGGUACAAAAUGGUCUAAAUAUGUUGGGGUGCUGAACGCAGGUGAAGGUGGUGACCGCCGAGUGUGCAGUGGUAAUCAGCCAGGGCAGCAUGGCAAUGUGGUGAUGGGCAUCACAAAUGGGAGUCCUGGCUUUGAACCCCGGCUCGGUGACCUGUGUGGGUGCCACUCACGUGUUCGCCUCAGUUCAGCCACAUCCCAGUGCUGUGUCAUAGGUGGCCUAGCGACUUUAGCAAAUUGUCUUAGUGACCGUCUGCCAUCUCUGCCAAUGUGGAUUCCUGCCUUGCGCCCAGUGCAGCUCUCACAAGUCUGUAUUGAAAAUGAAUGACUUUCAUCUAAAACACUCCUUUUAUAUUUCAUUUUUAGAGCAAUACCACCCCUUUUUAUUAAAAAUAAAAAAGCUCAGCGGUUUUAAGCUUAAGCUAAAGUCACCUUUUUUCUUGCUGUAACUUCACCCAAUAUGCCUCUUAUGAGACAAUCACUUCAGUUUAGAAUUAUUAAUGAUCACGUAAUCCAGUAACAUCCUGCACUAUGCACUACACAUUACUGUAUAUCCUGUAAUAGGGUGGCAUGGUGGCACAUCCUUGGCUUGAAUUCCAUGCCAGGUUGUUUUCCAACCCGAGUACACACGGCCACCCCAUAUCUCUGCCGUUUUUCCUCCCACAGUUCCAAAGACUUACUGGUUAGAUUGAUUGCCAGUUCCAGAUUGGCGCUGUGUAGAUGUGUGUGGCCCUGUGACCCAAAGCUACUUUCGGCCUUGCACCCUGUGCUGCUGGGAUAGGAUCUGACCUCUGGCAGGUCUGAGAACGUUCUGACUAUCCAAUAGUUAGUGAAUUUUGAAUGUUUUUCAUCAUCAAUUGUAAUUCUUCAAUCUUCAUACCGUAUUCAUUUGUCCAGUCAGUCUCUGGGCUGGCUGGCUUUGUCUAUUGCAGGAUCAUCAGGAGUCGAAGCUGUUCUCAUUUUGGACAACGCAGCAGACUGUUAGGUUAAUUCUGGAAGUUUCCGGAUGUUAGGGUUGGUUUUCUAAAACAGAUAUUUAAGGCAGUGUCGCUGUGAGCUGAGGAGACACAUUAACUGAUCUACCUUGUGAUGGUUGGAUUGAGAAGAACCAUACUUUGGGACCUGGCACUGGCAUGCUUUAUAUAGAUUUCUGUCUAGACUAUCAAAGUUGCUGCACAAAGCACACAUUUCUCUUUCAGCAACAUCUGUAGAUACGAGAAUAUGGCUGACCAGUGAUUCUGUGAUUCUGAAAACUGCGCCAAGUAGGCACACUACUGUGUCAAACAGAGCUUGGCAGUGCUGCUUCCUGUGCAUCUGUAUGCAUAUAAAAUACUACGGUUUGUGUCCGUCUGUCACACAAUUACUCACAAAUCACCAGAACCAAAACCUUGAUCUUGGUCUUAAUCGAAAGCUUAUGACAUGAUACGCAUUGAUGAUUAAAAAAAA